AUGAGAACUCUAUUGGUAUUAGGCGCUCUAUUGGCGCAUUCGAUUGGCUGUGUCAUUGCAUUUAGAUGUGAUUUCGUGAAGCAAGAUGACCUACUCACUAGGAAUGCUCUUGCAAUGUGUAAGAUGGAUGUUGAUGACGACUCGUCCUUGGCUUUGUUAUGCCCACGCCGGGUCAACGAAACGGAGUAUGUCAUACAUCCUCAACGAACCUCGGAUGAACGGGCUAAUAUCAAUACAUUCGUCAAUAGGAAUGGCAAAUUUCGCUCAGUCCCACUCUCCGAAGUAGUGCGCAAUGAAUGGAGCCAUAAACUCGCAGAGCUGGAAUCCAACAUGGAACAAACAACAUUGAAACUCACCUUACCAGCUCAAGCAGUGUUCGCAAUUACGGAGCGCCGUUUGAUGUUCAUCUGCGGCCCGAAGGAUUUGGUUUUGAGCGAGGCGCUGCAACGUCAUCUUUACCGCCUCAAAGACUUUGAUCGCAUGCAAGCUCUUCCUUGGAAUUCAGCCAGUCUAUUAGUUCAAGAAAUAGCAAAGAUAGGAAAGGGCCUGGGUGUGUUUUUCUUGUACAGAGGGCACAUUCAUCUGCCGCUUCAAGGUUGUGGCACUCGUCCCUCACCACUAUUUUCUUUGGACAGCGAGGUCACUGUCGACCCUAUCACCGGUGUUCGUUCAUGCGUAGUGGAUCCUAUGUCACAAUCACCUAUCGGAUUCGUUUGCGAAGGUCGUUUGGAACCUGCUGACUGCAUGAGAUCACUCAUCGACCAUGAGGGAGAAGUUGUGGCUGCUCCUGAACCGCACUCGCAUCUGGAUUUUAAUAACAACAAACCCUGGGUAGUAGCAAAAUAUUUCAAUGGAUUGGCCUUACCACCCAUCGAUGGUCAAUGCCGCUGCGUUGAUUCAGAAACCGGUGAGGUGAAGGCCAGAAUAGAGAUCCGAUCGAAAAGCGAGUACGUCUGUGACAUUGCCGAUGUUGUAAACCGCAACCGUUUUGGGCCAAUGCAUGGCAAUUGGUGCUCGGUUGUGCUCCAUCCAGGCAGCACCUUGACAAUACGGUUCCCAGGAGGCGAUGUGGACUCGGAAUCUGGCGACGACGAUUUCGACGAGGACGUUUCGACUCCUCCAUUCUCACAGCUGCCGCCCACGUAUGAACACAAAAAUGGAUUCUGGCCGAAAGACCUUACCAUGCUGAGGCAAUUGAGCACGCCGUACGGCAUCAAUGUUUACGACGAAAUAGCCUACCACAAAGCUGUUGUUGGCGAUGCCCUUGAGCUUGAUGUGUCCCAAAUGUCCCGUGGCGAGAUUAAGCUCAAGUACAACGUAGGCAAGCCCUUCGCAUUAAAGGGGGGAUUGAAUUCGUUCUUCUACCAUUGGACGUCUAUAUCCAGAAACGAGAAUGUCUUUGAGCGGAUACGCGCCAUCGGCAAUAUUUCAUUUGCGUUUACCCAUCCGUACAAGAUGAUCGGUUGCGACAGCGGGGCGGAACGCGUUUUCGAUUCAAAGAGGAACGUUAGGUAUUGUUUAACCAAAUCGAUGGGAAAUGGAAUAGGGGAUAUACACGUAUGCUGGUUAUAUAUUCGUAUUGACGAUAGCCAUGCCGGCAUUCGCUGCGCUCCAGAUGAGGAGCUGUUGCCAAACAACUGUGAGUUCUCGGGAUACGAUCUCUACUCCAACACUAUUAUGCCAUUUAAUAGGUCUGUGCGGAGUAGGGUAUCGCACAACAUUCCAGGAUUCCAGGUAUUUGACUUUGAUCCGAACGACCGCAGCGCCCUCAGUUAUGCAUGUAGCUGUGUUGACAAGCUUGGUUAUGAAAAGUCCAGGCUGAUUUUGGAAUACAACCUUCAAGAUAGAUAUACAUACACCUUACGUCGCGAGGAUGCGUCUAUACCACUGCUCCCUACGUUAAUAUUACCGUGGGACGAGUUCAGAUUAGCAGGUGAAUGGUCUACAUCACCUAUAUCGAUGACGUUAAACUACAAACCCGAAAGGUCCAUUAAACUAGAAGUGGGAACAACUUUGUUUUUAAGUUGUAAACUUGAUGAGGGAUUGUGCGACGAUGAGGAUAAUUGCAAAGUGAGACCAGCGUGGUUACCGACGUUACCUGCAUUUAAAUAUUAUGCAGUCAAACAAACGCCAGGUGGACCGAAACUUGUAGUUACACGAUACAAGGACGUGAUUGCCGGCACUGAAGGUGGAUUUGAAGUGCUACCCACUGUAUCCAAGCCUACGUAUUAUAAUCUUAGAAUAACGUCUAAUCGAGGUGCUAUCAUAAUAUCUAAGGAUCCAGUUCUUAAACAUCAGGUACCCAUGACGUUCAUUUGCGGUAAGCAGCUUGACCGGUCGGAUUUCGGUCUAUUAGAUACUGGUAUAUAUUCGCCUAGCAUCCCCCAGAGUACAGCAACUUCGCAACGAUACACUUGGCACGCCAUUGAGGUGAACGUCGAGACAACGGACCCCUACAUGCAAGGCUGCGGAGUUACGUACGAAUCAGAUGAGCUGUUCAAACCUGAGACACCCAAGCGCUACGACGCUCACGGAAAGUCCAACUUCGGUUGCAAAAUUGAUAUUCAUGCUGCCAAGGAAGCGGCCUUCUACUGCCCAGCGCCGUACGUACUCGACCCACCUGACUGCUUCAACCAAGUGUUAGUGGAGGGUGAAGUGAAGAACCUCAGCGACAUCAGCAAAACUUUGUUAGCGUCACGUUCCAGCCAUUUUGUCACUCUGCAUUCAUUCAGUGCACUCAUGGAGACCGGGGAGACACUGUGCCACACGCCGCUACUUGAAUGCCGCUGCGUCACCGUUAAGGGUGUCGUUCUCUCUACCAUCCAGAUUGAGAACUAUUAG